CUACCGCGAAGGAUAUCACUUUACAGAUGAGAUAGCUAGUUGGCUACCGGUGUAUCACUUUACAGAUGAGAUAGCUUGUUGGCUAGCUACAGAAGAUUGUCGAAGCACUAUCAAUAGUUGUUGGAAAAGCGCUGCUAGGUGCCGGUCUCUCUCCCUCUCGUCAAGAAUAAAAAACUCUUGGAACUAAAGUAUUCAACAAAACGCCAACUUGAGUUGUUUGGGUCGUUCCUUCACAGCCGGCAGGACCCAGUCGCGCACGAACUCCAUACAAUGCGGUGCCGUGUCAGGAAGAGUACACACGGUGAAUCCCUUUUGGUCCGUGUGGGCGUCCAACACAACCAAUCUUGUUUGCUUCAAAUUCAGAGCAUUCUUACCAGCCAGAAUCGCCAGUCGAUGGGGCGUCCCGACGGCCACGGCAAAGGGUGUUUGUUGGAGCCACGACGUUUGUUCUUCAACGGUCAAGUGUUUGGCAAACAAUUUGGCAGCACGUGUUUUGAGUCCUCUGAUUUCUUUCAAUACUUGUACGGCCCGCCGUGCCGAGACACAAACGAUAAUGCACAAGGGAGAUUGUCGAUGUUUCCAUGUUUUGACCUGUUUCAUGGAUGGCAGACAAUGACGGAGUCGGGCUUCAAAGGUUGUUGUGGAGGGCGUUGUAGUGGAAGGAGGAAUGAAAUGAAAGGGUUGCAAUUUGGGUGCCAGUGCCUUUUCGGCGGUUUCUUCGUCUUGACCUGACUUUAGUUGGUGGUGAUGGACCAGACACGUCCACAAAAAGGUCGACUGAUUCUCAGUGGUUUCUUGUUCUAGAGUUCGUCCCGCCGUCACGAGCAUCUUGUGUCGAUUUCCCGUCUUGCUCUGUUUGCUGCCGCCACUCGUAGCAGAUUCCUCCUCGUCUCGUUUUCUCUUUUUCUUCGUGUCGUCAUUGUCGUCGUCAAUCACUGCCACGGUCGACGCUGCCAAAACCGACUUUUUCUGUUUCGAUUCCUGCGCAAAAUCAAACUUGUCGUCCUCCUCAUCAUCCACCACCUGUCCCGUCAGGAACUCAUCGUCGCUGCCCAGAUCGUCGCCUCCCAUUGUUGUUCUAUUGUUUUGUACCGAUACUGUACCAGUCGAGGGAAUUUUUGAGAAAAGAGAUUGUCAAGGAAAAAAUGGUUGGUGGCUUCCGAAACGACAGACAGACUGACUGACCGAGCGGAGCGAAGAUCCAACUCACCUCAUUUUUCUUGCUGUGAGAGAGCUCUGACGAUUUGAAACUCUUGACAUCUUGUGGUGAUCACGUGCACUUGCACUCUUCCGCUAAUUUUGCUUCCUUCUUCUUGGUUUUCCACCAUGCACCCCCCUUCCCUGCCCCCCCUUUUUGCCCUACUCCCGUCCUCAUUGCUCCCCCCACACGCCCACCACCACAGCCACCCACCACCGCAGCCACUGCUCUGCCAAGCUAGCUAUGCAUAGCUUCGCCCCCCUUGCUCCUUAAACGUAUCUAUUUAGUAUUUGUUUCUUGGAGCUUCAACAAGAAGGAGGAAAAGAUGAAGCCCACUCCGUCCGGAAGCUCAGCUUUUGAAGUCAAUGGGUGAUGGUCAAGGCGGAACACUGCUCAUAUCAAGCAAGCAUAUCAUUGAAAGUAUAGAUUGACUCGCUAGCUUUACGUCCUCACACAACAUCCACCAUGCCAUCUCCUCAAGAACCUCCACCGUCUCCCUUUUUCCGUCCGGCCCACCUGGACACGGUCGUAGUGGAACAGACGCUCAUAUCGACACCACAAGGUCGUCAUCGACACAAACGCAAAAAAGUUACAGUCAGUGUAGUAGAACACAAGAGUGGCAUUCUGGGAUGUGCGGCCAACAUGAUGACGUGCAUUGUCGGAUCGGGCAUUGUCGGACUGCCGUAUGCCAUGCAACAGACGGGAUUUGUCGCCGGCAUUGGAUUGAUCUUGUUGACUUCCCUAUUGACGGAAAAAUCAUUGCGAUUGCUCGUCGAAACGGCCAAACAUUUGCAUCAACAAUCCUACGAAACAACGGCCGAAGUGCCCUUUGGAAUCGUCGGAUUCCGAUUCAUUCUCAUCAACAUGUUUGUCAUGGCCUACGGCGCCAUGGUUACCUAUUUGAUGAUUACCAAGUCCUGUGCGAGCAUGAUUCUAGGAGUAGAGGACGAGACAUACCAACAAUUCGUACUACUGGGAAUUUCCUUGAUGGUCCAUUUCCCAUUGGCAUCCAUGAGAGACAUGGCCGAUUUGGAAAAAACGUCGGGAUUGGCCGUCGCCAUUGAUUGUACCAUUGUGGCGUUGGUGGCAUACUCGUCACCCUGGAUAUCGAUGCAAGGAAUGGAGAGCAAUAAUUUGCUCCAACUGAUACAAACCGAUACCGUCCAUGCCGGCACCUUGUUUGUCGGUCUCGGCGUAUUGAGUUUUGCCUUUGAAUGCCAAGAAGCUGCCUUUUUGGUCGCUGGUAGUUUGGAAACACCCACCGUGGCACGAUGGGCUCGUGUUACCAAAAUGACACUCACGGCCUGUCUGGUAUUGGCCAUGGUCUGUGCAUUGACGGGCUACCUUGGUUUUGGAGAUGCCACCAAGGGCAAUAUACUCGACAAUCUCGAUCCGUCCACCACUACCAGCUUUGUCGCGCACGGAUUACUGGGAGCCACCAUGUUUGCCACGUAUCCAUUGGCAUCCUUUGUCGCACGACAUGUCUGUGUGGUACUGCUGUUUGAAGGACGACGAGCUCACGAAGGAGGCAGUGACUCAACCAUCCUCAAUCGACCCGAUCGACGAAUAUUGCUCACAUUGGCACUCUACAUUGCGGCCAUUGUGCCCGCCACCGUCUACACGGACAUGGGCAAAGUACUGGCAUUGGCCGGUGUCAUUGGGGGAUCGUGUCUGGCAUAUAUUGGUCCGGGAAUGCUGUUUUUGGCAGUUCAUGGCGGACGGUUUUUGGAUUUGGUCGAUGGCUUUUUUUAUGUCAUUGGCAGCGCUACUGCUGCUAGUAGUGGAGUUGUGGUGUCGGAGACCACCACGCUACUGCCAUCCUCGUCUUCCGAGCCAGCAGACGACAUCAAGAGGUUUGAUGGUUGUUUCAAACAAGCACUCUUUUACCUUGGAAUAUUCCCACUCUGGUGUCGCAUUGCCGAACGGGGAAAGAAACAAGUCAUGGCCCAUGCACUGGCGUUGCUGGAAAAGAACACCAUUGAGCCACUGCGGAUUGGUGAAGUCGAUUAUAGUAUUGAAAAGAUGGCAAAGAUGGAGGAAGAGUCGCCUCCCAAGAGACACAGUGGACCAGUCAUCUCGGCAGCCACACUGAUACGACCCAGUCCAAACUUGGACGUUCCAACUUUGGACAACAAUUCGCCCAAUCCAAACGACAAGCCCAAACCCCGCAAAGCAGCUCCACCAUUGGAACCCGACCCACAGGAGGCACCGCCUUCGCACAUUGAUUUCUUUAUUGCCAUCUUUUAUGUUUGCUUUGGCGUCAUUGCAUUAUUUGCGGGGCUUGUCUCGCUGGGCAGUGGAUAGAUAGAUGGCCAGAGAGAUUGUUUUUGGGGGGUGAAAGUUACCAAUGCAUGGAGACCCCUUUGGACCGAGGAAAGUAAUCACCAAUACCGUACAUCAUUAAUGGCACCUUGCUCAAAGUUUGUACUACCUGCAAGAAAGUAACGUUAUAGCUGGAUCAGCUGCAUCUCCUAACUGAACCUUGGCCACCACUAGCUACCGGUACGGUAUUUUAAGCUUCUGUUGGCAGCAAAACAUUCUGCACAUCUGCGGCAAACCUGUCUGCACCUCUAUUAGGACCCACAUCUCGGUGCCAAAAAUCUGCACCUCUGGCUAUCUUACAGAGCUACCGGUACAGUUGAGAGGGGCCCGCACUUCAGUGACAGCAAUCAGGAAAAUUGGAAUUGUGAGGAAUCCAAAUGGAAAAUUGGAAAUGUGUGGAUUCGGAAUUGGUGAAAAUUGUAAUUGUGAGGAAUCGUUUCAAAAUUGUAAUUGUGAGAAAUCGUUUUGAA